AUGUCUUACAGUAAACAAAACGUAUCGUCUUUGAGUAGCACCCCAGCAAUUUCUAGUGUUACGCCGAUGACUGGUACAGUUCAAAGUCUGGUAACUGGUGAUAGUUCGGCUCAGGAACAAAGAGAUGCCGAAAUCAGCCAUGAAGCUGAUGUCAUUAGGGAGCUACAAGAUGUAGAAUUGUUACCGAUACUAUUAGACUUGGUUGAAAGCUUGAGAAUGGGAAAGUUGGCACCCAAGGACUUUGAUAAUGCAGCCGGACGUAUUAGGGUGCUGCUUGCAAGAGGAAAAGCUUUAGUAAAUCAAAUAAGUGGGCUUAGUGAAUCUCCAGAGGCGGGGAUCGAGAAGGUUGGCGAGCUAGAGGACCGAAUGGAAAGAAAAAGAGCCAUUUUGGAAGAAUUUCAUAAGGAAGUUAACAAGAAUUUUGGAAACAGCAAACAAACUAAAGCGGAUGAACAUGCAACAGUUGAUUAUGAAGGCAAGAUGGAUGUAAAUUGA